GGAGUGGGCAAGCAAAGUUCGUUCAGUAAAGCAGAGGUGCACAUUACGACACUUAUUGCCACUGUACAAUGUCCCACCCACUUUUCACUAUUUAUGUUAUGAGUCCCAUGUAAUAAGGGGUGACUCUAUCACUUCCCGUUCCUGUAGCAUUUUGUCCGGGAAUCGAACCCGAGACCCCUUGCCAGGCAGUCGCACUUAUGACCACUCGGCCAACGAGGCGGUCACACACAUACUUACCUAUAGUAACAUACAAGAUUAACAAGUGUAUUGUAUUACACCUAGAGUAUAAAAACCUCUUUUGUAUUCACAAAAGGUGGUUCUGUAUUAUGUAUUCACAAUUCACAACUUUAGCAACCGUUCUAUGAAAAAUCAAUAAAAAAAAUACAUUUGCAACGCUUAUCUCAGUGGGCGUUUUCAUAUUAUAUGACAUAACAAUUGAUAUUGAAAGCAGUAUCGUAGAAACCAUGACGAAGUUCACUUAUAUUUUAUUACUAAUGUAUCUUUUAAAAUUUAGUCUGGCCAAAGACUGUGCCAAUAAUAAAAGAGAACCAGAGUAUGUCACGUGGCUUAAAAACCUUUUAGAAGAUAUGUGUCCCAGUUCAAAAAAGCCUCCGGCAGGAAACAAUACAGUCUAUGUCUUUAUGGAUGUAGGAAGAAUCAGUUUCGAAGCCGAUAAAGAAGUAUUCACUGCUCAAACCACUUUAAAUAUUACUUGGAGAGAUGAACGACUAAAGUGGGAUCCAGACAAAUACCACGGUAUCAAGGACACAGAAAUAGGAGAAUAUUCAUCUUGGAUUCCAAAAUUUGAACUAAUCAAUGUGGAAGAUUUCUUCAACUUUGAAAUAUCGACUUUAUAUUCUUGCAAAAUCUAUAACACGGGGGUCGUUACAUGUCGACACAGAAUGCUGCAUGAAACAUGGUGUGGCGUCAAACUCACUAACUGGCCUUACGAUGUUCAAGAAUGCAGUUUGGAAUUUGGUCAUGAGUACAUGACAGUAAACCUUAGAACAGCCAUAUCUGACGAAUAUACAGCUGGAUGGCACGUUUCUGAAAUAAAACAAGAGAAUAAUGCGAGUGGCAAGCCAGGAGUGACAGUGACUUUGGUGCUGGUGAGGGAAGCGGCUGGAUUGUCUGCGAUCUUCAUAUACCCUGCUUUAGUGUUGACUGUGCUCAAUAUUGUGACGCUGUUCUUAGACGUGAGACGCAAUGUAAGGCUAGCAGUUGGCUGCUUCACUUUGUUUGGACAUUAUUAUUUACUGAUUCAGUUAGACAUUGACAUGCCUAAAGGUAACGCCUUUACUCCUACUAUACUGUUGUACUAUCGCGAUUCUAUUAUUUUGACUAUUAUAACCAUUCUAUUGACUUUCUUUCUGACCAAACUUUGCAGUGUAAGUUCAAAGCCACAUAAUUAUAUCAAGAUAAUUAAUAAUUUUGUGUGUGACAACAAGUAUUCUGACUAUUUAGUGUUUCCUAAAUGGGAAUCUGAUGAUGUCACCGUUGAUUUAAAAUCUUCUAAUGAAGAUUAUGUAAUUUUUGCAAACGUAGUGAAUAGUGUUUUUAUGUUUUUGAUUGUUUUCGCUUAUUUUGGUUUAUUUAUAAGCAAGAUUCCGAAAUAGAUUAUACGAAUAAUGUAAGUAAUAAUAAAGUUCGUUAUUGAUAUCAUUUUUUAGUUUAAUAAAAAAAGUAAAAGAUGUCGAUGCCUCCAUCUCUAUUAUGUUAGUAAUAUCAGAAUAUUCAGAAUGUAAGGCCGCUGGAUAUGACACAAAACUGUGUUUAGCGAUAUAAAACUAGGUAGAGAGUAAAGCGACACAUCAAAUACAGGUAAAGGUUAAAAAUAAAAGCACAUUGCUAGUGAUAAGUGCGCUAGACCGACUAAAUCAAGACUGUAAUCAAAGGAUGACUGUAAUGAAGGAGGAAUGUAAUCAUUCCGUGAUUGCAGAAAUAAGGUACAAGAAAGACGAUGUAAUAUAUCAACCGCACAGAAGGCCGCAUCAAUGCAGCGCAAGGCGGUAGGCCGUAAGAUAUUUGUCAUUAAAUAUUUUAACGAAUA